AUGGAACCUAACCCGAUUUUUGAUAUAUUACGAAACACACCAUUAGCUAUGGUUGUUCUUUUCGAAAUUUGGAAAAAAAAUGGGGCCCAUGGUGGUACGUUUGGUGAGCAGCUUAUCGAUAUUGUUCACGUCGCCGGAGUGUCUCAUGGCGAGUCCGUGGUUCGUGAAGGUCCUCGCGGAGCGCGAAACGUCGGCGUCGCCAUUACCAAACUUGGCGGGAAAUCCGCAUUCGUUGGCAAGUUUGGUGAUGAUGAGUUUGGUCACAUGUUGGCUGACAUCUUGAGGAAGAAUGGUGUAGAGGACGAAGGCGUGCUAUUUGACAAACAUGCUCGAACUGCCCUCGCCUUUGUAACUCUGAAGAGCAACGGGGAGAGGGAGUUCAUGUUCUACAGAAAUCCCAGUGCUGACAUGCUGCUAACUGAAUCAGAGAUCAACUUAAAUCUUAUUCGCCGUGCAAAGAUCUUCCAUUAUGGCUCCAUCAGUCUCAUCGCUGCUAAGGAGGCUGGCAUCCUCUUGUCGUAUGACCCUAAUGUUAGGCUUCCAUUGUGGCCAUCAGAAGAUGCUGCUCGAGAUGGCAUUAAAAGCAUUUGGAAUGAGGCCGAUUUCAUUAAGGUUAGUGAUGAUGAAGUGGCUUUCUUGACGAAGGGAGAUCCAACAAAGGAGGAUGUUGUCUUGUCUUUGUGGUUUGAAGGCUUAAAGCUGCUUAUUGUUACUGAUGGAGAAAAGGGAUGCAGAUACUUCACUAAGGGAUUCAAAGGAAGUGUAGCAGGGUAUUCAGUGAAAACAGUAGACACAACUGGAGCAGGAGAUGCUUUUGUUGGUGCUCUCCUUGUCUCUAUUGCAAAGGAUGAUUCUAUCUUUCAGAAUGAAGAGAAGCUGAGGGAGGCACUUGCAUUUGCAAAUGCGUGUGGUGCGAUUUGCACAACCCAGAAAGGAGCAAUUCCAGCACUCCCCACCACUGCAGAUGCUCUCGAGCUCGUAGGCAGGGGAAAAUGAGACCAUUGAGAGCAUUCUUAUCUUAGGAUCUUGCAUCUCAUUAUGCCAGGCAAAAAUUAAUUAUCAGUUUGAUAUUUUCUCUGCGUUUUCUCUUGUUUGUGGUUUUAAGUGACAGAACAGGUUUUUGCUUUACAGCUUUCAAUAAGGAAAUUAUGCAUUGUUAUGUUGUUCA